UAAUGAAGAGAGAAGGCGCUGCUAAUACAUUUGCCGAUUAUCGUUCAAGAAGUGAAGAUCGUUCCCAAAAAGAGAAAAAAUUGACAGGAAUUAAAAAAUCAGAAAGAAAAUAUAUUCGGCUCAAUAUAACAAAAGGUUUUCAUCAUGAGUGAAGAUUAUUGUCAGGAAGAUGUUGAUCGUCUUCAGUGUCCCUUUACUUGGGACAUGUCGAAAUUUAAUGUUGACAAAAUAUGGGGUUUGACUGAUAUUGAAGAAUUUAUUCCGGAACUGGAAUUUACAAAAGCCUUAAUUUCAGCUUACGUUCAAAUAAUAAGCGAGAAAUAUGAUGAAGCUGACAAUCAACUCAAGCGAACUGAAGCAACGUUGAAGGAAAUAAAAUGUCAAAUAAAAAGGGAUGUUGCCCGACAUGUAUUUUUGGGAACAAAAAUUCAUUUCAUGAUAAGGAAAGGAAAUUCGAAAGACGUAAAUGAAAUAUUGAAAACUGUCAAUAGCAUAAGCGAUGCGUCUUGCAUAAGUCCUUUAAAUGAAUUUAUUGCCUGUACGUGGAUGUAUGCUAAUUAUUGCAUGGAGACAACGAAAAUUGCAAUAAAAUUCGCAGAAAUAGCAGUACAGUAUAAUCCAAAAUCGGCAACAGCUCAUUAUAUUUUGGCAAGAAAUUUACGAACGCUUAGAAGACAAUUUUCAUCAAUCACUUUGCCAAAACCAGAUGAAAUGAUGCAUUUUCGAAAAGCUUAUGAAUUAGAGGAAAAUACAAAAUUUGCUCUCUUUUUUGCUCAGAGCUUAAAGGAGAACCGAAAUAAACCAAAGGCUAUGGAAAUAUUUCAUGAGAUUCAUCGUAAGAAAUUUCCCAGUGUAUCAAUACAAUUAAGAUUGGCAUUGGCUUUUAUUCAGGACAAUGAUCUCAGUAAUGCAAAAAAGUGUUUGGAUUAUAUCGAAUCCGAAAUGCCCGCAGAAUCCAUGUUUCUACACUAUAAAGGAUUGUAUUUAAUGAAGAAAAAGGAAUACGAGGAAGCUUCAAAAUAUUUAUUAAAAGCCACGGAAGAAAAUAAUUUUCCAGCAGAAAUGUGUUACAUACAAUGUAUGAUGCAAUUAAACACAGAAUUUGAUUUUACAUCGCAUUUGUUAAAAGUCAAAGAAAAAUUCUCGAAUUGUGAAGAUGCGAGAAGGAAGGAAAUUCUUCUUCAUAUUGCUUUCAGCUAUUUUUUCAAUAACAAAGAUUAUCAGCAAUCAAUGACAUAUUUUUUACAUGCAUUUGAAAUCGAGGAAAAAGAUUUACCACUAAAGAACUUUUCUUGUAAAUUCAGCCGCCAAAUUAUCGACGUUUUUCAUUUCGUGAUGAGCGAAUUACUGCCAAAGAUUCCAGGCGAUGUGAAGAGUGAACAAAAAACAAUCGAGGUGAAAGAUAAACUGAAAAAAAUUUGUCAACAGCAUUUACCUUAUAGGCCUCCAAACUUUGAUAAAAGAACAAAACUUUCGACUCAAUUUCGAAAAAUGAAUAUUUAAGUGCCGGUACCUAUAUACUUUCAUUUCUUUAUAAAUACCUAUUAUUUAGGCACAUUUUUUGUUAUAAAGCGUGGCUUUAUUUAUAAUUUUAGAGAUACUACAAAGCACAUUACUUAAUUCAAAAAUUUUUUGAAACAAAGAAACAUUUAUUUUCAAAUAAAAACUUUCUAUUAUAAACAUUAUUGUUAAAUAAUUGUAUUUUUCUAUAAUAAAAGAUUUUUAAGAUCAAA